AUGAGCAAUAGACUGUUACCCCAUAGCCAUGAUGUCGAAGAUCCAUACAGUUUGAAACACUCAUGGUUAAAAGAAAAUACCACAAACCAAAAAAAUCUGUGUAUUUUAAACAGCACAAAAACUGUAAACUAUUCCUCUAUAGAAGUCACUGACACAGCGACAUAUUCUACGUCCGCUAUUGCCAAUAGUAACGACAUGGAGGAAUCAUUCGCCUCAUCUACCGAUAAUACUUUGAGCAUGAUAAGUACUCCAUGGAGCACAGAGUCGUGGACUAGUCUGAGGCUCAUCACAGGAAGUGUACAACCCAGGACUUCAUCGUGGAUUGACACAGAUGCUACAUUGACCUCCAUAACCCUUCAACCGCAAACCUCCACAUCAUACGGCAUCCCAAACUCACCGAUUAGAGCAAAAAGUAGCACUACAAUUACAUUAAUAGAAUUGGACUCCAUUCCUACCAUUAGCCAUAUGCUGCAUCCUCCAACGCCCACAAACAGUAAGACCGAGUCGGAUACCUUGAACUCAUGGUCAUUAGAAACGUUUACCAGCACUGGAAUAGUUUCAGAUUCCAAAAGAGUGAAGCCCAAAUAUCCUUGGAGUCCAAACACUGUGUAUAGUGGUACAGAUAUUUACCCAAGUACAGUCGACACACUGGAGUCUCGGAAAGUAAGCAGAGAGACCCUCGCCACGAUGGAUGGUCUAGGCAGUGCGAGAGAGAAGAUAGACCUCAUGAUUCCUAUGAAUUAUGUUACUAGACAGACCAAACAAGGAUACAACCCGGCUUUAGAAUGGGAGCUUAUAAAACGAAAAUGUUCCCAAUUAUUUAAAGACGUAAUAUAA